AUGGACCCCUCACUCUCUUCUAUAUUCACUUAACCUUUCCAAAAAACAAAACGCAAAAGAAUAUGAUAAUGUUAUUUAAUGACUGCUUACUUUGCUUCGUGAUCUUGGAGCCUCUUCACUCGGUCCGCAUAAACCCACAGAGAGAGAGAAGAAGAAGAAGAAGAAGAAGAAACAGAGUAAACCCAUCUUCUUCUUCUUCUUAAUUCUUCCAAUUUUCAUUUGCUUCUUGUUUUAGGUUUCUCUGAAUCUUGGUAAGCCUUAAGAAAUGACAGAAAGUUGUAACCUCCUCCUCCUUUGAAUCUCUCCAAAAUCUUCCUCUUUUCCACUUUUCUUCCCAUAUUUUCCAAGAAACAUAAAGUGCACUCUUUGAUAAAGCCUAAAGUCCUCAUCUUUAACCCCCACAUCUCUCUUUUUUUUUUCCCAAGUUCCCAAGUGAUUUUCCUUCUUUUCCCCCUCUUUUCCCCGCAAAACUUUCCCCACACAAUCACAUUUUCUCCUUUCCCAAACAGACCCAACAAACCGUCACCACCCACUCUCUGCAUCUCGCGAUCAGAAACACGACCCAGAAGCUCCUAAACCAGUGGCUUAACAUGGCGUCGCUUAUGGCCGUUUUUAGGUCUUUUGUUUGGUUGUGGUUCAUGGCUCACUACGCUCGCGCCGGUUUUCUUUCUGAACCGGCUAACCAAGGUGGGUACUUGGUCCCGGCCUACCCGGUUCAGACCCAGACCCAGACCUGCCGGCUAGACCUCUCAGCCGAGCUCUUCGGCGGGGUGAGCGAAGCCUGCGGGAAGAACCUGGACCGGAGCCGCUGCUGCCCCGUCUUAGCAGCGUGGCUCUUCGCGGCUCACGCCAGGACGGCUCUCCAGGUGUCGUCGGCGGCUCCAGAGCCGGCGCCGGAAUCCGACCUCCCGAUGAUGCCGGACGACUCUCAGAGGUGCGUGAACGCGCUGCAGAGCUCGCUGCUGAGCCGUGGCAUUCGGAUUCCGCAGCCGAACGCUAGCUGCGACGCUAUUCUUUGCUUCUGCGGGAUUCGGCUCCACCAGAUCAGCUCGCUGAGCUGCCCCGCGGCUUUCAACGUUACGGGUUUCCACAAUGCGACCCCCACGGCUUCCGUCAAGAAUUUGGAGAAGAAUUGCCGGAAUUCUUCUUACUCCGGCUGUACCAAGUGCCUUGGGGCUCUUCAAAAGCUCAAGGGCGGGUACAAAAACGGGACGGGGGACAAGCCCACAACAGAGAGGGCGAGCAAGAUGUUCAACAGGGACUGCCAGCUCAUGGGGCUGACGUGGCUGCUCGCCCGGAACAAAACGGCGUACAUUCCAACGGUCUCGGCUGUGUUGCGGGCCAUCAUGUACAGCGCGCACCCCCCACACGAGUCCACGUGCAGCCCGGACCAAGAGAACAUGCCGCUGGCCGUUGAUUCCCUGCAGUUCGAGAUGGCCCAGUCCUCAUCUUCACCGUCCAUUUUUUGGUUUCCCAUUUUGCCCCUAAUCAUUUUGGUUUCUCUGUUUGUCUAGGAGGGACCGAGGGAGAGAGGGUCCAUUCUCUUUUGGUUUAUGCCCUGGUUUUUGGUAUCUUGUGUCGGGUCACGUGAAGCUAGUAGACAAACGGGCUACCAGGGCUAUUUUUGUCUUUUUGCUCCCCCACUGUAAAUUUCAGGCUCGUUUUUUAGACUUUUGUUUUGAUAUGUAGUGUACGAGGAGGGUCAGUCUUGCAUUUCAUUAUUAUUUUUUGCUAAAUAUAUAUAUAUUCUUACUUAUCA